AUUACUAAAAUUAGUUAAAAUAGUUAAAUUUUAAUAAUUUAAAUGCAAGUUUAAUAAUUUAAAAUUAAAAUUAACUUAAUUUCAUGACAAAGUAGAUCUGCUUUGUCAUGUUUAAUUUAGCCAAUUUAGGAAUCCCCAUCGUUAUCAUAAUAGUAACAACCAUUACAGGCUAUUUCAAAAUAAUAAAUUUAAUAUCUAUUUAUAUAAUUAUACAAUCGUCAAACAUAAACAUUACUAAUAUGGCAAUAUAGUAUAAUAUUGUAGUUAUUGGUUAAUAUAAUAAUACUUAAUGCUUAGUUGGCAGUUGCAUAGAUAUAGAUCAAUCGCCCAUCAGUAUAUUAUUAAAUUAUUUAAACUGUAUACAAUAUUAGUAAAUUACAUUUCAAUCUUGCUAUUGUCGAGAAAUUCGUAUUCUAUGCUUACUAUUAAUUACUACUUUGUGGUAUUUAUUUUUAUACAUUAUACAUAAAGUACUAUAAAAUCCAAAUUCCACCAAACUUCUAAGACCAAAGUGGUUAAUUGACAUCGUUUAUGUACUUUUAAAGAACAAUUAAACAUCUACUGACUGUUCUGUUUGUAUUGCUCCUUUGCAUCUCAAAAUAUUAAACUGAUAUUGGCUCAAUCAUGAAUGAUUAUUCUAUUGAACCAGUAGUUGAUUCAGAAUUGUACGAAGUUGAAGAAAUUAGACAUUUGUAUGAUCUUUUUGAUGUUAUAAGUGUUCAUAAAAUACAAAAUCCACUGCUCUGGGGCUUAUACACAUUAAGAAAAAAUGAAAUGGAAAUAAAUAAUAAAAAUAUAAUAGUAAAUGAAUGGCUUUUAUAUCACGUUACAGCCACUAAAAAUGUUCAAUCAAUUGCUGAAAAUAAUUUAGACUGGCGCUUCACAAGUCGUUGUCGAUAUGGUAAAGGUGUUUGCUUUUCAUAUUGUCCUUUGUAUGCCAACAGAUAUGCAUCAUGUGCUCAAGGAUCAACUUCUGCAGUAGAUUACGAUGAAAAUAUAAUGGAUAUACUUAUUAAUAUGGGUUUUCCAAGAGAAGCAGUUAAACGAGCAUUAUUUUAUACUUACAACCAAGGCUUAGAAUGUGCAAUCAAAUGGCUUAUGGACCAUAUCACAGACAGUAAUUUUGCUGAACCUUUUGUUCCAUCCAGACAUAAUUUUAAUAGUGAAAUUUCAAUUGAGCGAGCAUUUAUAAUUUGUCGAGUUUUAGUCCAAAAUAUCAAAGAUGUCAGUGUCAAUUAUCAUUUAAAUGUUAUACCUAAUAUUUUUGAUACUGCUAAGUCAACAAAUGGUAUGGUUUAUGUAAAAUUUAAUGAUUACGAAUUUUAUCCUCAAUAUAUUGUGUAUUAUAGAGAACAUAAUUUAUCUCAAUAUUCUGAUCCAUAUUCAUGUAAUUUUAAUUAUAACUAUUGUGUUGAUCAAUGAUACUAAUAUAUUAUAAAUUAACCAUUUCUAAAUUUAUUUUGUAUUAAUAACUGUUAUCUAUUUAAUUUUAACUGUAUUUUGACUUAUGCAUAUUAAUAGCAGAAUAUGUAUAAAAAAAAAAAUCAUGUAUCAAGAAAUUUUUGUUUUCAUUAUGAUGUACCUAUCAUAGUUUAUUUUACUAAUUUAUACUGAAUAACAAACUCUAGUUAUUAAGUGAUGUAUGAUUUAAAUUAAAUAGUAACAAAAUAAAAGUAAU